UCGCUUUCUGCUUCUCUUGCUCGUCUCCUUUUCGUGGCCCGGCAGGUCCUCAGUCCAAUACAAACCGACAUGCAAUAGAUAUUCUGCGUCAUCAUAGGACAGUGGCAGCUUUGGUUUCCAGUAUCAAGCGCAGUCAUCCCUCACAAGCGGCUCUCUAGCCAUCGUCCUAAGCAGAGCCUCUCUGACUUGCUCUAUUGUCUCGUGUUGAUUUGCUUUUUCUUUCAUCGCAAUAGUGAAAACGAGGAUAGUAUCAUCAGAAACUCUAUGCUACAAUUGCAACCGUGACUUAUUCUUAUUGGUGCGCAUUUUCUUUUCGACCAUUGUUUUUAGUUCUUUUUAUUUUUCUUUCUUUUUUCUCUCUUCGUCUGUUACGUCAAAGGAAUUAUUUACAGUAUACUCAGCAAGUCCAAAGUCGUGCAAGUGUCUUUUGCAGUGUUGUUUCGUUUGAACAGCGGAUGUCGAGGGAGUUCUCCGUCUGUGGGCCAACUCUUUGCCGGUCAUUUCAACUGUUUUCUUAGUCGAGUGAAUCUCUAGUGGACUUGUUUAAGCCAUCAAUUUAAAUUUUAUACAAUAGCAGAACGGUUUUUUACGCUUUAUUCACCAUCCGUUUUGGUAUUGGAAGUGGAUUGGCGCCAUCCGAGUGGGUUGGAUGUAAACUGCAGCUCCACGCUUCGAUAGCUCACGUCUCCCAGUGCAAAGAAGAACAGAACAGAUCUGUGAUUAGCAAAAAAAGGUCAAGAAGAACGGGAAAAAAAACUAAAAGGCACACUCCCUCUGUAUAGAUUAUGCUUCAGAUUCUCGACACACGAGUCGGCGUCAUCGGUUCCGCCAAAAUGAAGGGCGUUACUUCAUCCGUGAAAAUCGGACGGAGUGAUCCCGUCCGUCUGUCGUUUGCUAGGACGUGCUUCGUCGUCGGAAUACUGAUUGGAAAUGUAUGCAGUUCGGUGAUCGUUCACGACGAAGGCAUCCAUAUUGCCGUUAAACCUAUGCCACAACAGCCCGAGGAGUCAAUUGACGGCGGUACAUCUCAUCGUGUUGCAGAGCUUUUGGCGGGUGGUUUAUACACUGGGCCGUAUUUUGAUCCGUUCACCACAGCUGACAUCAGCGUUCAAGUUGGAUCCAACGCCAUCCUCCCGUGUCGCGUCCGCCAGGCUGGAAAUCGAUCGGUCAGUUGGGUGAGAAAAGGCGACGGACAUUUACUGGCGGUUGGUGAUGACACGUUCAUUAACGAUGGCCGAUUUCAGGCACAUAAAAUCGCUGCUUCUGACACUUGGACUUUACAAAUCCGGGCUGUUCAACCCGCAGACGCCGGUGAUUAUGAAUGCCAGGUCUCGUCGAACGAACCGAAAAUCAGUCGCAUUGUUCACCUGCGACCUGUUGAACCGAUAGUAGACAUCAAAGGUGCCCCGGAUAUGUACGUGAAGAACGGCAGCCCAGUUACGUUGCAUUGUCAGAUAUCGUCCUUUUUGAUCAGCCCAACGCACGUUGAAUGGCGACACAACGGUUCCCUUCUAGCUCAAGUCAAGAACCAUCAAUACCAUCCGAAAGGAAAUGGAGAGAGCAACUGGAUUGUCGGCGCCAUCACGGACGACGAGGGUCGCACUACCGUUCUCGCUCGAGUCGGAAAUGAUUCUCUGCAACUGACGCUCGCUCUCCCCAGCGUCUCUCCAGAGGAUUCGGGACAGUAUCUGUGCUCACCGUCAAACAUGGCACCUGUCAGCGCCUCAUUGCACGUCGUGAUUGGCGAACAUCCGGCUGCAAUGCAACAUGGCGACAAUGGACGGGACCGCCCGUCCAGCCAACUCGCCAUCGUCAUUUGCAGUGUGUUUAUCUCGCUGUUGUCGCUCGCAAUAUCCGACUAUUGGCGCUGUUUCCACAUACUCAGCCGACCGUCACAAUAAGGACCCGAUGACGACAAUUCUGCUCGACCUCCCGUUUUUUUUUUUUUUUUCGUCCGCUUUAUUUCCAUUAUUUUUCAACUUACAACACUUGUGUUUGCGGCCGUGUUAGUGCAACCACUGUCGGUCAGCGACGCAAUCAUUCUUAUAAGUGAGCAAUGGCGACUUUCACAACUAGCCGCAAAGGACCUUCAUUACCGCCACCAACUGUACCGCAAACCACAUAAUAGGAUUUUGUUCGGCCUCCAAAAAUUGUACAGACUCCCUCCUCGUAAGAUUUUACGUAUAUACUAGUAGGAAAGAAUCUUAUUUGGUGAUGAACAGACACGAAACAGGUUUCUGUGCGGUAUACGUUCAGGUCGAAGAGAGCACGCACCGUUAGUAUGUCAGAAAGAUCAAUUGAAAGAAAAAGGAAAGAAAGAAACCAAAUGCAAGAAAAGAUCAAGGAGAUAUCAGCAUUCGACUUUGAAAGCCUUAACACUAUUGGGAGAUUAUUGAAAGUGGUCUGCGUCUGAUUUCGGUGUCCUUGUCUGUACAACCAUCUCAGCUCGAAGGCGUUUCUCAUGUUUUUAAUGUAUUUCUUGUUUAUUAUAGUUUUCGUCGUUUGAGUUGUUUUCAGUUUUGUGUGCUUAAGUACGUUAAAUUUCAAUGAAUGUAUAUUGACAAUUUGUCGGCUACGAGAUACGUAAGUCCGACUUGUUACGUACUUCCAACUUCACAAGCAUAAAAUGUUACAUAAACGUCAUGUUCACCUCAACGGAUUUUUUGAAAAAAAAAUCUCCUUCAUCUGUCGUUCACGCUGCUGCGUCAAAUUGUGGGUCAUUUGCAUAAUAUUCGUGCUGUAUAAAAAUACCAUAUAUAUGAUAAAGUCAUUGCCAAUAUAGACGGUUUAAUCCUG